AUGCUUCGAUCUGUCACGGGACGCGCUGCCGUCUCGGGCCUUAUGAAGUCAGCUCUGCCUCGGGUCUCCCAAGUAGCAGCUCCCACAUGCUCGCUUGCCCCGCAGCUGCGACUCCAAAGCAAGUCUUCUGUUGCUGGUCUUCGACUCUCCAGAGCUAUUCACAGCACCUCAGUCAGGAUGUCUCAAACACGAACAGAAAGCGAUGCCUUUGGCGAGAUCCAGGUCCCCGCCGACCGAUACUGGGGAGCUCAGACGGAGCGAUCCCUCGAGAACUUCCGUAUCAACCAGCCCCAGGACCGCAUGCCCCCGCCUAUUGUCAAGGCGUUUGGUAUCCUGAAGGGUGCUGCCGCCACUGUUAACAUGAAAUAUGGACUUGACCCCAAGAUCGGUGCCGCCAUCCAGCAGGCUGCCAAGGAGGUCGCUGAUGGCAAGCUCAUCGACCACUUCCCUCUCGUCGUCUGGCAGACUGGCUCCGGUACUCAGUCCAACAUGAACGCCAACGAGGUCAUCUCCAACCGUGCCAUUGAGAUUCUUGGCGGUACCAUGGGCAGCAAGAAGCCUGUUCACCCCAAUGACCACGUCAACCGCAGCGCUUCCUCCAACGACACUUUCCCUACCGUCAUGCACAUUGCUGCUGUCCUCGACAUUGAAAGCGAGCUCCUGCCCGCUCUCCGCAGCCUGCGCGACGCUAUCCAGAAGAAGGUCGACGAGUUCGAGGCCAAGAAGAUCAUCAAGAUCGGCCGUACUCACCUUCAGGACGCCACUCCUCUCACUCUCGCCCAGGAGUUCUCCGGUUACGUUGCCCAGCUCGACUUUGGCAUCAAGCGUGUCGAGAGCUCUCUGCCCGACCUACGACUCCUCGCUCAGGGUGGUACCGCUGUCGGUACUGGCAUCAACACUUUCCAGGGAUUUGCCGAGGCUAUCGCUGAGGAGGUCACAAAGAUGACCGGUACUGAGUUCAAGACGGCCCCCAACAAGUUCGAGGCCCUCGCCGCCCACGACGCUAUUGUCCAGGCCCACGGCUCCCUCAACACCCUAGCUGCUUCUCUUACCAAGAUCGCACAAGACAUCCGAUACCUUGGUAGCGGCCCCCGUUGCGGUCUUGGUGAGCUGAACCUGCCCGAGAACGAGCCUGGCAGCAGUAUCAUGCCUGGCAAGGUCAACCCUACCCAGUGUGAGGCCUUGACUAUGGUCUGCGCCCAGGUUAUGGGCAACCACGUUGCCACCACUAUCGGAGGAAUGAACGGCCAGUUUGAACUCAACGUUUACAAGCCUCUGGUCAUUCGUAACCUACUCCACAGCUCCCGUCUUCUGACUGACGGCAUGCGCUCUUUCGAGAAGAACCUGGUUGCCGGCCUCAAUGCUAACGAGGAGAAGAUUGCCAGCAUCAUGAAGGAGUCGCUUAUGCUUGUCACCUGCCUGAACCCCAAGAUCGGAUACGACAUGGCUAGCAAGGUUGCCAAGAACGCUCAUAAGAAGGGCCUUACCCUCAAGCAGAGUGCCCUCGAGCUGAACGCUCUGACUGAGGAGGAAUUUGACACUUUGGUUAAGCCUGAGCUGAUGGUCGGUCCCAGUCCUUACAAGGGUUAG